AGCCUGAGACUCUCCCCACCACUGAACCGAGCUCUGAAACCUAUUUCUAUCAUAUCGAGGCUCAGGAUAACUUUGUGACCCAACAGUCACACGGCAGGAUCCUGUUGGUUAACUCCCGCGGAAACUCCCACACCCAUCGCUGCUGGCUGGCUGUGAUUGAUUGGUACCAGGGUCGAGUCAAAAUGUCUCAUUUUCGCCGAUCGACAGCGGUACCUCAUCGCAUAGAGCGCCGAGAACAGUUUCACAAAUAUUGACCUCGAGAUUCUAUAUUGUGUCAAGACGCCUUGCAGCCUGUCAAUCGCAUAGUAUGAGAACCCGCGAUUUCGAGACCGACAUCCUAACGGAGUCAAGCUUUUUGACUUUGCCUAGAUCGGUCCGCUGUUAUGCGCCCACAAAGGGUGUCGUGACGUUAUUCUUUUAAUUUCCGUAGCGCCCAACUAGCAUCGCCUCGCGCAAUUACCCGAAAUCGGUCUCCGGCGGGGUCAGUGUAACGCUCGCGGACCAUUGUUAUCAAACGGGAGAUGGAAGGAGCCUCCAUCACACUACUACUACUACUACUACUACUAUGGCCACCGGAACCCUUGGAAGGCCGCAACGUAGAGUACAACCACUCUCUACGCUGUAUCAAAACUCACAUCUGCUGCCGAACAUCUUCCUCGGUAAUUUGGAAUUUAUCCAGGGACUUAUUGCUUCCUAUUCUUAUACCAGCAUCGGCUCAGACAUCUAACCUGCCAAGUCUACGACGAUGAGAAAUCGCUAUUGUUGACGCAAAUGGAGA